ACAAGACCCUAGUGAGGAUGAAGAGGGAAAUCAUGGGCAAGAGGUCCCGCUGGUGGAGACCAACCGCUUUGGCUUCAUAAUUGGUAAUGGAGAAACUGACAGUGAAGGUCCGUGUCCUGAGUUAGUGAGACAUCGAGAGUCAAAGUGGCUCAGCCUCAUGACUCAGUGGGAGCAGGUGAUGGAGAAAAAGAGCCACAAGGUCAAAAGUCAAUGUCAGAAGGGCAUCCCAGCAUCCGUCAGGAUAAAGUGCUGGCCACUGCUCUGCGGAGCCAAGCACAGAAAAGAGAAAACAGUAAACUCUACAAUAGUUUAGUUGAAGCUCCAGAUCAUCAGGGAUGGAUCGAGAUCAUCAAAAGAGACACAGACAGACAGUUUCCUUUUCAUGAGAUGUUCCAGUCCAAAGACGGCCACGGUCAGAAGGAUCUGCUGGAGGUGCUCAAAGCGUACACUCAGUAUCGUCCGGAUGAGGGCUACUGUCAGGCACAGGGUCCAGUGGCUGCUGUCCUGCUGAUGAACAUGCCUGCUGAGGAGGCGUUCUGGUGUCUGGUACAAAUUAGCGAGCUCUACCUGCCGGGAUACUACAGCCCUCUGCUGGAAGGUGUGUUAUUCGAUGCUGCUGUUCUGUCGAGUGUGUUAAAAAAGCUGUGUCCGGCCGCACACAAACACCUGCAGGGUCAGGGGGUGGAGCCUCUCAUGUUCGCCACAGACUGGCUGAUGUGUCUGUUUAGCCGCCACCUGCCCUUCAACACCCUGCUCAGAGUCUGGGACCUCUUCUUCUGCUAUGGUGUGCGUGUUUUAUUUCAGGUUGCAGUGGUGCUGGUGCGGCGGUGUCUUGGUGAUGGUCGGCUGAGAAAAGAGUGUGAUGGACAGAUGGAAACAUUGGAGCGACUGCGAAGUGUUAAACAGCGUGUCCAAAAUGAGCAGACCGAUACCUUUAUUCAUGAGGUAUGUUCAGUGUCCCUGUCCUUGGCGGACUUGCAGAAACAAACGGAGAAAGAGCUGGAGAAAUGGAAAAAGGACAGACCCAACUCGACAUUUGACCCACGAGGGCGCUGUCACGGACACCGGAUGGCAUGGGAGAGAGCGCAGGACAAACAAAAGGAGCACGAAAAGAAGGAGCGGCAGAAGGGGAGCUUGGCCAUUCCUAUAAUGCGCUCACACUCCUCCCUUUCUCCUUCACUCCUGCGCAAGAAAUGGAGGAAAAGGAGUAGUAAGACUGACACAGAAGAGUGGGAUGGAGGAGGAAGAAAAUUCACAAGAAGCUUGAUAGAGGAGAGCGAUGACGAGGAGAUCAGGAGGAGGAGCUUGUGUGCCAUCGUUGGGGAGCAAAAAGCCAAACAGGACAGAUUAUCAAACGAUCUCUGCGCACACAAACACAAAGAUCACAACACACAUCUUCCAAAGAUCGCACUGAUAGCAUCCUCCAGUAUUGACUCGGAUGUUUUUGAGAAAGAGCCUUCAGAAAUAUCUUUAAGGCGACAGACUGGUGAUUCAAAAACUACACACGGCGAAGAGAAGAGGAGUCCUGGGUGUAUCAUUGAGGAGAGCAUACAGAGGCAUCAACACACUGUAGAAAAAGACAGAAAACAAGAUGAUAUGAACACAGAAGCACAGAUCAUUCAAAAUACAGACGAGCAGACGUGUCAAGAUGAACAGAAUGUGGAGAUUACUUUAGAGCCUUGUGAAACAAAUACACCUGUUGAGAACGAAGAUAAACAGACUGACUCAAGUAAACAGGAAGAGGAAAUACAGUCAAACAGGGACAUACAGGAAGAAGACAUACAAACAGAAGAGGGCAAACAAGAUGUAACAGAAAACAGGCGGCCACAAGUCAUAGUACAUGAAGACAGCCUUCAAAAUAUUCCAGACAUACAUAUAGAUGUUAUCCAGGAGGAACAGAUGGGUCAAACAUCUGGAGAUCAACAGGACGAUCAUGAACAUCCAGAAGAACUGAAUUUGAGCAUCCACACAGCAACAGAGGACGAUAAGCAAACUGCACCUAAUGGUGAAGAUCAUACAGAUGUUGACAAGGCGGAAAGUUCUCAAGAAGAGUUUAAUGUUCCCCCUGAAAGGACACAGAUCGCAGAUCCUUCAAAAAUGGCUGAGGAGAAAGGUGAUAAGGGAUUAGUGGAAGAAAAGCAAGAAGUAUGUUUAGAAGAAAGAGACGAUCACCCAGAGCAAACAUCUGGGGUGGCGUUAACAUCAUCCUCAUUACAAACUGAAGAAGAGAGUGAAACUGAGCAUCCAGACAGAUCUGCAGAUCUCAUCCAGCAAUCCCAAUUAAUCGACCCAGAGAACAAUGACAUGGAUAUUAUCAAUAGAGGCGAAGAGUUAGCACACUGUUCAGUGGAUUCCACUAUAGGUAAUUCGUUAGAAUCUGGCAACCCAGAACAGAGUGAUGCUGGUGGCACAAACACUCUUGAACCUCAGGAAGAAACAGUAGCAUUGAGACUCUCAGAAGAUAAUAGCAUGGCUGCUGCCACUGUUAUCACAUCUGAUGACACCAGCGAGAUCACUUCAGAAAAUAAACCAGCUGUAUCUGAAAAUGUAGUAUGUUGUGAAAUCAAAACUACUGAAGAAUUGUGCAACCUUACACACAGUGUAAACGUUAAUAACAAAGUGAAUACCACAAGUGAAUCUGUCACCCCAGAGAGCAGUGUAAUAGAUUCUGAUGUUGGGUCCCUGGGAGGCAAUGACACGCAUGUUACAACUAGAUUUGGCAACCUUCAAAACAACAUGACAGAUGUUACCACUGGAUCUGAAAUGCCGGAAAGCAGUGAAAUGCAAACUGCUGUUGGAACUGACAAUUCAGAGAGCAAUGCAGUGGAUUCUACUGUUGAAGACUUAGAAAGCAACCAAGUAGUUAUAACAACUGAAUCUGGCAACCUAGAACAAAGUGACAACCCAGAGAACGUUAUAGUGGAUUUGGUUGUUGGGUCUGACAAUUCAGAGAUCAUCGAAGAACCUGUUAUUGCUGGAAUUGAUCCUGUGUGUUAUUCAAUCCAUCAUAAUCAUGAAUCUGGCAACCCAGAUGGCACUACGGUAGAUUCUGCUGUUUGCAAUCCAGAAAACAAUAAUGUGCUAACUACAAAUGUACUUGACAGUCCAGAAUGCAAUGACAUUCCAAUUUCAUGUGAAUCUGAUGACCCAGGGAGUAAUAUAGGGAAUUUGGCUGAUGGAUCUGGCAACCAGGAUCAAAAACAAGUGGAUUUCACAACUGGUCAUGAAAAUCCAGAGAGCAAUGAGAUACAAAUAGCAGUUGGAGCUGUCACUUCUGACGGUUCUAAUGUUGAAAACACAGAAAGCAAAGUGCUUGCAGCACCUGAAUCUAGCAACCUAGAAUGCAAUGAUAUACAAGUCACAAGUGGAUCUGGCAACUUAGAAAACAAAGAUGUUUCAUUUGUUGAGUCUGGCAACCCAGAUAACGUAAAAGUUGCCAUAUUUAAAUCAGCUCACCCAGAGACCAACAAACAGCAUGUUAGUGCUGCAUCUGGCAACCCCACUGAGGAAUCUGCUGAUGGAUCUGACAACCCUCCUAAUACUGAAUGUGCAAUACCACCAAGCAGUCAGGAUUUUGAAUCUCCUUUUCCAAUUCCAUCUUCAAAAUCCACACACCCAAAUGUCCCACCUAGUCAGCUUCGUGUGCGCAGGACUUCCAGCUCACGGGUUUUCUAUCCCACAAUCCUCUCUGAGGACACCUUCAGAGAGCCACAGCAGCAAGAGCACACACAAACAGAUAUGACAGCACACACACUCACAGAUGACACAAACAUUCAACCCACCUCACCGACAAAGUCAGGCCAAAAACGUAUGGGUCUUUUCCGCCGUUUACGUGGAGAGAACAAUAAAACCCCCAUCCCCAAAAUCCUCAUCCAGGACUUUAGCGAAAAAGAUGAGAGGCUGACUUCGAAAGAGAGGAGGAGGAGGAAAAGAGAGAAGGAGCGAAAAGAAAAGGAAGAAAAAGACAGAAAAAAACAAGAGAAGGAGAUGGAAAAGGGCAAAGAAAAGGAGAGGAAAAAGCCUCAGACAAGAGGAAAGAGCUUUCAGGUGCUGAGCAAGAAGGGUGUUGAUAAUGCUGAAUCUGAGAACAGUGACUUUCAGACAUCUCGAACGCGAAGAAACUCUGCUCCUUUCUCAGACAGUUAUUUUUAAACCAUGGUGCUGGUGGAUCUGGCAACCCAGGAAGCAAAUAGGUGAAUGCAUACCAGUGAAGUAUUUGUUAGAACUGUGACAAUCCAGAAUCUAGGGAUGUGUCUGUUACAAGAGGAAUUGGCAACCCAGAUCUUAAAAACAUGAAGGUGACCAUUGCAGUUGUACAUUGCUGCUGGGUCUUGCAAUCAGAUAGGAAUAUAAUAGAUUCAGCUGCUGAUAACUAGGGCCACACCGAAUCUGCGCGUACAGAAACCUGCAGAUCUUUUUGCCAAUAAUGCAGUCUAUUUCUUGUUUAAAUGUGUGUACAUUUAUAUUUAUUUCAUUUUUUUUAUUAACUUCCUUAAUAUUAUUGGCUAAUAUAAAAAUGUUCAUAUGAUUUAUUCACAAUAGUUUGCAAAGCUAUAUUGUUUGUCUUUCAGUAGAUAUAUAUAUGAGAGACCUGCUUUGUUUAACAAUUAA